AUGAGAUCGUUCUCAAUUGUUCUACUUCUUCUCUUCGCGAUUUCUACUGUUUCUUCAGUACGAUACUAUUCCCUCGCGGAUACCUUCCAGUCAGUGAUUGACACUGAGAAAGCUCUGGAAGAGGAAUUGAGAGUGAAUUUCGAAAAUGCAAGAGCUGCCAGAGACAAGUAUCGACAGGAAGCUCAGAAGAAACUGAAUGAAACUUUGAGCGCUGUUUCGGAUGCUGUUAAACAGAAAGCCGAAGAGCUUGAAAAAGAGAAACAAGAAAAGGCGGAAGCUAAGAAAGCUGAGGCUGAGGCAGCAAUCCAGAAAUGGAAGGAAGUUUCCCAAGAAGUCGGAGAAUUCGUUCAAAACUUGAAAGAAAAGAAGGAAGCCAAGGAACAAGAGAAACAAGAGAAAAUCGAUAACUUUGUGAAAAGUGUUACUGAUAAGAUUAAACAAAAAAGAGACGAAAAGGAGAAACAACGGGAACAAGAAAUUGAGCAAUGGAAACAGUCAGCUGAGAAGCUCCAGCAACAAAGAGAAGAACUUCAACAACAAAUCAAUGCGGCUAAGGAAAAACUUGAUGAGCGCAGAAAACAAAAAUUGGAGGAUUUGAAGAAUGAGUUGGCUCAAGUCAAGGAUUUGGUUACUGCUGAAGUGAAACGUCGUGUCGAUGAGAAAAACCAACGUAUCGCUGAACAGAAGGAAAAUCAAAAGGUGCUGCAGCAAGAAAUCUACGAGAAGUUCACUGAGCUCAAGCAACAACGUGACACUGUCGGCGAACAGGCUAACACCUACCAACAGAAGAAAGACGAGCUCACUGACCUUAUCCAGAAUAUGAUUUCGCAAGGUGUGAAGAAUAAGAUCGAGAACGAAGUAUCAGAUAAAGUUCGUGCCCAACUUGACAAAGAAGCGUUGAAGGAGGUGUUGAAUGAGAAGAAAGCGGAAGUCCCUGUAGUAGUUGCGGAUGCUCCUGGAAGUCCACCAAAUCUCAAUGAGAUUCCAGUAGAUAUUGCUCCAAAAGCUACUAUUCUUGACGAGAUCACCGGAAAAGCUGCCUGGGAAACCGUCACUUGGGUUCUCCUUGCUCUUUGCAUCCUUCUGUCUGUUGCUCUCAUCAUCAUGAUUGUCUACCAAGUGAAACAACGAAACCAAUACGAACGUCUUGAUGGAAACGAUCAUAUCCACAACCCAACGUACAAUGAGAGAGCCCCACUUCUUCCUCCGCCAGCAACCCCAACGACUGCUCCACCACUUCACCCUGCUAAAGAGGAACAACAAUUUUAA